AGCGCUGGGCAGCCGCGGCGAGCGCGGGGCACGGCGCCAGAGCCAGCCGAGCCGCGGCCGCCUGCGCGAGGCCGUGCGGCCGCGCCAGGGCCGCCGGCGAUGGGAGCCCAGUAGCCAGCGGGGCCCGAGCGGCCGCAGCGGCGGGAGGCCGGCAUGAGCGCGAGCGGCCCGGCGGCUCCCGGGGACGGCCCGGCGCUGCAGCCGCCGCCGCCCGGGCCCGGCCCGGGGCCCGCGCCGCCCACGCCCGCCGCCGCCGCCGCCGCCGCCCGGGACGCCAUGGACGGGCGCGCCGAGCUGCCCGCCUUCCCCCGGGCCGGACCCCCGCCGCUCGCCGCCAGCGACACGGCGCCCGCGGCGCCCGAAGGGGCCGGGGCGGCCCGGCCUGGCCCGCCGCCGCGCCCCACCUCCUUCUCGGUGCUGGACAUUCUGGACCCCAACAAGUUCAACAGCAGAAGACGCCGCUGUGUGCUUCUGGGCCCCGUGCCGCCCGCCGCGUGCGCCCCGUGCGCCCCGGCCCCCGCCGCCCCGGGACGCCCGCCGCGCGCAGAGGAGCUGGAGCGCCGCGCCCUCGCCGCCGCCGGAGGAGCCGGAGCCGCCACCGGAGCUGAGCCGCCGCACGCCGGCGACCCCUACAAGGCGGACGAGGCCGAGGCCAGCGGCUACGGCGGCGGCGGCCGCAGCCCGAGCGCCGACAGCGCGGACGAGGCGCCCGACGACGACGACGACGACGAGGCGCCCGACGCGGGGACCGCGCGCGGCGCGGAGGAGGCGCGGGGAGGCGGCGGCGGCCUCGCGGCCCGCGGGUCGGGCUGCCCUGGCGCGGCCGAGGCCGAGGCGGCCCCCGGCGCGGCGGAUGAGGCUGCGGCCCCCGGCCCCCGCGGGAACUCGCCCGGAGCCCCGGGCCCGCCUGGGGCCGCGGCGGCGGCGGCGGCGGGGGGCGCGGGGGCGACCCCCCAGGGCGCGGCGGCGGCCACGAAGCCCAAGCGGAAGCGCGCGGGCUCGGACUCCAAGUCCGGGAAGCCGCGGCGCGCGCGCACCGCCUUCACCUACGAGCAGCUCGUGGCGCUGGAGAACAAGUUCAAGGCGACGCGCUACCUGUCGGUGUGCGAGCGCCUCAACCUGGCGCUGUCGCUGAGCCUCACCGAGACGCAGGUGAAGAUCUGGUUCCAGAACCGCCGCACCAAGUGGAAGAAGCAGAACCCCGGUGCCGACACGAGCGCGCCGACCGGCGGCGGCGGCGCAGCGGGGCCGGGCGCGGGGCCGGGCGCCGGGCUGCCCGGCGGCCUCAGCCCGCUCAGCCCGUCGCCGCCCAUGGGCGCGCCGCUCGCCAUGCACGGCCCCGCCGCGUACCCGGCGCACGGCCCCGGCGGCCUGGUGUGCGCCGCGCAGCUGCCCUUCCUGUCGAGCCCGGCCGUGCUGUCGCCCUUCGUGCUGGGCUCGCAGACCUACGGCGCGCCCGCCUUCUACGCGCCGCACCUCUGAGCGCGGCGCGGACUGGGACCCGAAGGCGCCCGCCGCCGGGGCUUUCGCAAGGCCUCCGUCGUGGACUCUGCACAUAGCCGGUUGCUACAGAAGAGUUUUAAAUUUAUAAAUGACUGUACGCGUCGGGCCGGGCUCGGCCCGCUCGGAAGCACUUUGCUGAACUUUGCUCAAUCAAUAAACCGCAGGAGGCUGCACCCGCGUCCCUCAGGCGCCCGCGCUGCCCUCGCCCGUCGGUGGGGACUUACUUCAUCGCUACCGAGGCGCCUCGGGCUGUUGGACCGGGCGCUGGGUUCAGGCCCCAAUUUCCCCGCUGUCCCGUGGCCAAACUCUGCAGUGCGGUGGCGCCUGGGCUCCCCACCUCCCCAGCACACACGCACUUGGGGCUGAGUGUCUGCUGUCCAAGAGUCCCCGGUCCCCGCGUCUCCCCUUCCCCCACCCCGGACCCCAUGGCUUCAGGGACAUCCCCCCUUCCUCCUCUGUGUAGCCUUAGGGGGCUCUUGGGGGGGAGGAAGCCUGGCGGAACAGAGUCGGGGCUGGGAGCAGCACUGUCCCCUGGGCACCUACCCCUGUCAUCCGCACCCAGAGCACCAGGCCGGGGCAGGGGCGGCUUGCGUUGGGCACAUGUGCCCCCAGGCCUGGCAGGGAUGAGCUCUUGUCGAUUCCCAGAGGAGGGAAGCUGGGGCUCCCCAGGCUCCAACGGCUGGCCCAAGGGCGCCAGAGCUGGACUGCAAGCCCGGCCCGCACGAGUCCAGCGCUCCAGCCCAGCACGGCCACCUCUUCUCCAAAGACUCGCGGGUCCCGCUCUGGGCGCGGUCUCCACACGGGUUCCUGGAGCCCUGGGAACGCGGGGAAGGGAGAGGUGGCGGCACUGAGCCUGUGGCUGCCCGACACGAGAGCCAAGGCUGCGGGGACACAGGCCCGGGGGCGCGGUGAGGAGGGGUCCCCACAGCAGCACCGCCUGGACUUGAGAAGAGCUCAGAGGGGUAGCAGGAUGCCGGGCGCUGUGGGGCCCGUGCUCCCGCCCAACCCUGCGGCUGGUCCGCACCGAGCCCUGUGACGCAGAAGGAGCCGGCUGCGCUUGGGAACGCGUCUUCUCUAGGUGUGCAUCCCCUCCGUGUGCGAGGAGCCGGCUGAGAUCUCAGAUCUUGUCCCCGCGCUAGGUAGCCCGCCAGCAUCCACUUCGGGGAGGGUUGAGGCUGGGUUGGGAGCGAGAGGGCCUGCGAGGGUGGGUGGCUGCACCUGCCUGGGCAGGAGUGAGGAGAGCGACCCCUCUUGCCUUCCCCAUCACCAGUGGGUAAAGGGCCGCUGAGGGGCAGCCCCCAGCCCAUCGGGCAGCUGGGGUGGGGCUGGGGGUAAAGGUAGCUGGGACCACCCUGCCGACUGCUACGGCUGGCCUCCUGCAGGCUGCUCUGCUUCAGAACAUCCGGUCCCCCCCUCCCCUCCUCCCCCCCCCCCCCCCCCCGCUCUCCAUCCUCACAGCACUGGCACCAGGAAAUUUUCUGCUAAGUAACCCUGCUGACGUUGUCAGCCCCACGAGCGGGGCUCUCCCCCUGGCAGAGCUCAAGUCUGCUGAAUCUAACAGGGGAAGGUACAGGGCUGGGGACACCCCUGGUCCCACCACUGAGGCCUGGGCAUCCAGGCUACAGGCAGCUGACAGAGGAGACCCAGAGCUCCAGAAAGUUCCAGAGGGCUCUUGGCCUAAAAUCAAAUCACCCACAUUAUUGUGCACUUAGCCCAACCGGGCUCGAAGUGCGGCCAAGCAAGAAGCUACAGCCUCCACCUCCUGGGAGCAGGGACGGCAGCCCCAAAGGUGCUGGGGUCUCCCCAAACCCACCUUGCUUGAGCUCAGCGGGGCCUGCUGCAUCACAGCCCUCAGAGGGAAAGGAUGAGGUAGACCAGGUACAGCCACCCUGGGAGUCUGCCCAGUGCCUGCGUGGUGCUCAGGCCCCCGCGAGCCGCCACUCCCAGCCUGAGCUGGAGGCAGAGGUGAGUGGUGGCUUUCCUGGCCCCUUAUCACUGUCCCCCACCACGGGGGCCCCACGAAGGGCUGUCUCCGGUCCGGGAUCUGAGUGCACUCUGGGACGGUCCCUCCUCAAGCUCCUGGGACCAGUCCUGGCUGCAGUCUGCAUCCACCGGCAUCCCAGAACACACCCAGGUCGUCUCUGUCUCCUGUCGAGCAAGGCACAGGCCCUGCAGGUGUGAGCCCAGACACAUACAGGCCUACCUGAAGGCCUCGCGUCUCCUGCCCAGGGACUGCUGAGCCCAGACAGAGGCAGAGCUCGCUCCCCGUGAGGCCACUCCCCACACCACUCGGCCCUCCUCUCUUCCCUCCAUGCCCACCCACAGCUGCCUUGCUAUUAGGAUUGGCUUUGGCUGCAUGAAAGAGAAAAUCCAAAUGAACACAAGUAGAAAGGAGAUUAUUCAUUUUCUCUUGUGUGAGGGAAAUCUGGUUACUGGCAGCCCCAGGCAGCUAUGACACCUACACAGAGUCCUUGGAAACCCUCCUCCAUCCCACUGUCUGCUACAGCAUCGCUGGGCUGGGACUCCAUCCUCAGGGACCCAGAUGAAGGGCGACGCUCCGGCCAUCACAUCCCCAUUCCAGGCAGCGGACGGGAAGGAAGGGAGAAGAGGGGGAACACCCCUUUUCCUUUUAAGGUGCUUUCCCAGAAGCCCACGUAACACAGCUGCUCACAACUCAUUGGCCAGAGCUUGGUCACAUGGCCACUCCCAGCCAAGGGAGGCUGGGAAAUGUAGUUUUUAAAGCUGGUGGCGACUUACUCCUUGUCAAGAGGGGAGAAUGGGUAUGGGGGCUGCUAGCGGACCUGCCACCCUCACAGCUUUGCCCGCCUUCCUGCCUACCUGCCCCGCUCAAGUCUCAUCAGCUUUGCUCCGCCCCUCCUCUCCGGCAGCUGGGCCUCACCCUCGAGAGGGCACUCACCCCCCGGCAGCCGGCCGCCCCGCCCCAUCGUGUCCACCUCCCUCUCUCCACGGCCGCCCCCUGCCGGCUCAGGCCAUCUGCCCGCGCGCAGGGCGCCCUCCCUCCUCACCCACCCUUCCCCGCUGGGCCGUGUCCACACCCUCCUUCCGCUCCACCCUGGGGAGCGUCCAGCCGCCCCCUUCCAAGCCAGAGUUACCCAAGGAGCUGUCUACACUCGCUGUCUACACCGGCCUCUUCACCAGCUUCUCCACUUGAGCCCGCGCGGCCCCCGCCCCGCUGCCUGGCCAGUUCUGCUGCUGCUCCUUCGCUCCGCCGCCCCCGCUGGACCCCGGGCUCCGCGGACCCCUCGCGCCCCACCUGCAGUCCCGCAGGGGCGAGGAUGGGCCCAGCUCCGCCACCGUCGGGGAACUCGGGGAACGCGGCCCCUAGCCCCACCUCACUCCCCAUCCCCAGGACCCGCUGCUGUCCUCGCUCUCCCGCCUGCCCUCCCCUCCCCGGUCGUCGUGCCCUGGUCCACGUGGUGCCCUCCCCACACAGCUGCAGAGGAACCUUCUGUGGCCGCCUCUUCAGCCCCGUGGCCCUCCCCACGACCAGUCACUGCCUGUGCCCUCCCGCUCCUCCUCCCUUACCUGCAGAGUCGCUUGUGACCACUCGCCCCCUGCUCCCAGCAAGCCAGCCUCGUCGUCACAUCCCCCAUCCCCAAGUGGCAUCCAGGGCCCCAUGUGGAGUCCCCAGAUCUCUGCCCUGGGCCA